AUGGCCGGGGCUCGCGAAGGGACUCGCAUGGCGAGUUCUCUUCUCAGAAGACAAUUGACCUCACCUCUAGCUCCUUCUUGCGCCAGGAGAUUUGCAUCAACGAAACCCGACGCCUUGUCUGAUCUUGACCAAGCAUCCUCAUUUUCGACACCUCAGCCCGAUAAAGCGCAAUUGGAGGCAUGGAGUACGUCCAAUUCCGAAGGUGCAAAGGGAAAGCAGCUUCCAGGCAACCGAUACCAAUAUCAUCCCCCCAAGUACUACCGCGGCCCUCUUCAUCCUGUUCAGAUGCCCGCUCCCUCAGAUCCCACGGCUCGAGAUUUCAAGCCCGGACCCUUCAAUGUUCCUCGGCUUAGACAUACAUACGAUGGCACAAUUGCGCCUGACAUCCUUACCCUAACCUACCAGCAUAAGGUUCCCGGAGAGGAGGCGGUUGAGUCAAAAAAAGGCGAGCUCAGGGAAUGGGAUGGCUCCUCGCCGUACCAUAAGAACCGUCCUCGGAGAGGGCCUCGAGGCGGAGGUUCAUCCCGAUUGGGCCUCCUGGAGCGGGACAUUGACUUCAACAACAUCCCGGAGAUUACGGCCGUCACAGUCAAUUCUUAUGCUCCGCUGGCGGCUGAGAACAAGGAGUAUCUGCAAGUAGCACGAUCUGUUGUCCAGGCUAUCACGGGAGAAUUCCCCGAGACCACGACAGUCAAGCACCACGUCAUGCCAUGGGGUGUUAAGAAGGGUGACAAGACUGGAGCCAAGGUCACCUUGACUGGAAAUGCAGCCUAUGAGUUUGUUGACAAGCUCGUAACCCUGGUGCUGCCCAAAAUCAAGGAUUGGCCUGGUGUCAAGGCCAGCAGUGGUGACAGCGCUGGCAAUAUCGCUUUUGGCAUGGAGCCAGAGUGGAUGUCAUACUUCCCAGAGAUGGAAUACAACUUUUCUAUGUACCCCAACAAGCUGAUCCCAGGCUGCCACAUUUUCAUCCAUACUACGGGCACAUCUGAUCGCCAUGGGCGGUUGUUGAUGGAAGCUCUCGGCUUCCCCUUCUAUGGAAAGGCCACACACUAG